AUGCCUUCAUCGAAGAGCUCGAGGAUGCUGCAGACGACGUCGCCGCUGCCCCGGGCAUCAUCUUCCACUGCAUUAGAUGACUCAAAAAACGCCCGCACCAGACAAUGGCUUACUCGUCCUCUGGACCGUGCAGACCUCGCGACGGGAUUGCACGCCGUUUCCGAGCGUCUGCAGGGCGCUGAUCUCGCGGAAGAUGAAUGGAUCGUUAGCCUGCUAUCUGAGUUAGCAGCGCAUCUUAGAGGCAGAGACGAAGAACAAAGCCGAUAUUUGAGCGAGGCGGUGGUCAGACUGCAAAAGGCUUGA